GAUUUUUCCUCUGCACAGGACGAUCGCACGAGAAGCGUAGCUGGAUCAGUGUGAUUCCCGGGGUCUCGCCCUGAAUUCAUGAGAAUUGGACGAGCUAUCGAAAAUCUUCAGCAAUAGAUAAGCGGGUUCAUCGCCACCGUAUUCCAUUAGUUUCCUCCAGUGCCUCCCCGCUUUUUGAACAAUGUCGCCGCACUCAAUUGUCCGUCAUCCAUUGCAAUUGCUCUCGGAAUUCAGCUUACCACUUCUUAUCGCUGCGUGCUCGGCUAGGCGCCAUUUGAAUUAUGGCCUCGAAAAGCGCCGAUGGCGCUGUGAUCGAAAGGCACGCUGACACGGUGUCACCGCUCGAUGAGAAGUCGACCCCGCAAAACGCAUUCUACUUGACCGAGCAGGACCCUGAAGAGUUGAAACUGCUGGAGAAGCAAGUUCGAUGGAAGACAGACUUACGUCUGUGUAGCAUUGCCGGCAUUCUGUGCAGUCUCAACCUACUCGACUCGGGCAUUCUCUCGUCGGCAUCGGUGACUAGUAUGCCCAGCGACUUGGAUCUGCAUGGAAACCGCUACUCAGCCUCGAUUUUUAUAUUCACGGUUGCGAGCAUUGUCUGCCAAUUGCCGUCCACUCUCGCAGUUCGCUGGGUCGGUCCCCGAGUCUGGUUCGCCGCGAUUACCUUCAUAUUCGGCCUGAUCACGUUAUGUACCGCCUUUAUUCAUACUUGGCGACAAAUGAUUGCGCUGCGAGUGUUGCUCGGAAUGGCCAUGUCAGGGAUCUAUCCAGGCUUGACUUAUCUCAUCAGCACUUGGUACCCACGCCGAGAACAGCAGGUCCGGUUCGCGGUUCUCCAGUCGGGUGAGGUGAUCGGGCUCGCGACAGGGUAUAUCGUGAAUUAUGGUCUGAACCUGCUGGAUGGGAAAUCAGGCAUGCAAGGCUGGCGCUGGAUGUACCUUGUUCAGGGCUUGAUCACUAGCGUCAUUGGGAUUCUCACAUAUUGGUGGAUGGUCGACUUCCCGGAGAACGCUCACCGUAGCUUUCACUUCCUGAGCGAAGCAGAGGCACGUGUGGCUGCACAGCGGAUUCGAGCUGACCGUGAUGACAUAAUGCCUGAUGUUUUCUCGUGGAGCAAGGCUUUGGCCCCUUUCGCCGAUUUGAAGCUGUAUGGCUUUGCCUGCAUGUACUUCUUAUUGAAUCUUGUUUCAACGGCGCUGAACUACUUUCUGCCUAUCAUUCUCGAAUCAGGCAUGGGCUUUUCGAGCAAUGAUUCUAUCCUUCUCUCCACACCGCCCUACUAUUGGUCCGUACUUCCGGUCCUUUUCACGUCGUUUGUGGGCGAUUCUUAUCGCAUCCGGGGUCCGCUCAUCACCUUCAACGCUCUCUGCCUGAUAGCGGGAUUUCUUAUGUUUGGUCUACCGUCCUCGACGCAGGUCACUGUUCGGUAUAUCGGGACUUUUCUUGCUACCGGGGCGUAUGUCUCCAACUGGGCAGCUCUGAACGCAUUCAUGGCCAACAACGUCGUGGGUCAGUGGAAUCGCGCCUCCACUGCAGCCGCCGUAUCGGCGUGCAAUGGUCUGGGUGGUGUAGCUGGCAGUUAUAUAGUGCGACAGCAGGAAGCACCACGCUAUCAAACCGCCGUCUGGGUAUCUAUUGGAUCCCAUGUCCUCAUGAUUGUUCUAGUGGGUGUCUUCACGCUCUCUUUCUACUCGCUGAAUAGACAGCAGAAGAAAGGAAAGGCUCUUCAGAAUAUGCGUGGAUUCCGGUAUACAUAUUAGCAUAUAGAUCUCGGACCAAUCGAAGUAGAGCAUGGCUUUCACAUUGAGCUGGUGCAAGAGCCUUCUGUAGAUAUGGUGCUCCGUAUUCACUCAUAUGAUGGACCUGCCCGAGUCUCAUCGGCUGCCUCUUUGAAGGGGUGUAUAUCAAGCCUCACUCGGAAUGGACUCCAAUGCAAAUCUAUCUGAAGGCCGAGUUGAAACCCCAGGAGAUAG